CUGCUAUGAGGCUGACUCGGGCAUGUGAGUCGCCUUUAUACUCCCAAUGACAACAAGAUAUGAGACAUCCAGACACAAACACAAUGGUCUCUAAUAAGCUCACAAAAUUUCCCGAGUCAAGCUGGCUUCCAAGCAGUAUAAGAGAUUCCAGUAUUGCCACAGCUAAGUUGUUGAACCGUCUCAUGUUAAGACUGCCAAAGAGGAGCAAAUCGACUGUCUAGUCAAAUUGAAGCUAUUCCGCCAUGGCCAAGUCUUACCUUGGCCCGUCUGACAAGGGGUUUUGGAAAAUUCCAGACGACCUCGACUUGAACGGAAAGCUGGAGAAAAUACUCGCAAAAGCGACUGAUACGAGGUCGGGAUUGCCAAAAUGGGACAAUGAUAUCAAGAUGCUCAGAACUGGAAACUUCACCGACUGUGAUGUUUUCUGUGGGGACCAAAAGUGGGAAACCCACAAACAUAUUCUCAACCGAUGUCGUUUCUUCAGACAUGCCUUUGCAUCUGGAAGUGGCUUCAAGGAAGCGCGCGAGUCACAGAUCAAGAUUGAAGAUUUUGAGCCAUUUGAAAUUAAAUGGUUGGUCGAGUUCAUUUAUGGAAAGCCAAUUGAUUCCGAGGAAAUAAAAAGCACCAGCCCAAACAAGUCGUUCCUCGAGAGCUGCAUACUUCUUUGGAGCAUUGGCGACUUCUUCCUCCUGGACGAUUUAUGCGAAUACGCCUUGACUCAGCUUCGACACCGUUGCAGGGUCUUCCUACUGAGAUCUCGAAGUCUUACCAUAAUGCUCAAGAGCAUCGAUUUCCUGGCUGACCUGGAAGCUGGGGUGCGCGCUGCUUGGCGAAAUGACAGGGCUGCCUCACCGGGGCGAAAGGAUCUCAUCAGCCUCUGCGUCAGCAUCCACCCGUUCGUCAAAGAUCACGAAUCUUUCAUCACUCUCCUGGACGAGAUUCCUGAGUUUACAGCACAGUAUCUGAAGGCUCUUCUCGGCUGUCCCGGGUUGCAAUCUGUCGAAUCAUUCGUACCACUUAAAACAAACUGCGAGUCUUGUCACGAGCCCGUCUUCGACACCGAAGGGCGGCAGGUGAGCAGUCAGGCCUUUGUGUGGACGCCGACCUCCGUGAGCCUUUGGGACGGCUGCCCCUACUGGUGCUGCUCCAGAGAUUGCUAUAACGCAGUGGUCGACGAAUAUGUUCUUCAGAACCGACGGAGGCGUCGGAUCCGACGAGGUCCUUGA